CCUCCUCAUAUCAGUUGUCACUACUUAAUUAAUUAGUUUGUAUCCUUUCUGAUCGUUAAGAUAUUGUUCACUUGGUCAUAUUUGUUUUUCACCACAUACCCUACCUUUUGAAACAAAAAAAAUAACGACUGGUCAUUUUCUAUAUUUUCUGACACAUUAAAUUAGUCUUUCUUAAUCAUAAUAAAGCUUCAACUAAAGCCAUAGAUUUUCUUCUUACUAAACCUAGCUUGAUUGGCUGAUUAUCUAUAUAUACACACUCACAAAGGUUGGAUUAUACAUAAUUGAUAUCACUUCUCAGUUUAUAUCGAUCCUAGAGCAAGCAUCAUCUUGAGCUGACACAAGGAGAACCAGAAGAUGGGAGUACAAGGCACUUUGGAAUACUUCUCUGACCUACUCAGCAGCACCAAAAAGAAGAAGAAGAAGCAAACCCAAACUGUAGCUCUCAAAAUCAGAAUGGACUGUGAAGGCUGUGCACGCAAAGUUAAGCAUGUGCUUUCUGGCGUUAAAGGAGCAAAAUCAGUGGAAGUGGACUUGAAGCAGCAGAAAGCAACAGUGACAGGAUAUGUUGAGCCAAAGAAAGUGCUUAAGGCAGCUAAGUCUACUAAGAAGAAGGUUGAGCUGUGGCCAUACGUUCCGUACACUAUGGUGGCUAACCCUUAUGUUUCUCAAGCCUAUGAUAAGAAGGCACCUCCUAACAUGGUGAGGAAGGUGGCUGACACUGCCAACAUAUCAGAAACCACGGUGGACGACCGCUACAUACAAAUUUUCAGUGAUGAAAACCCAAAUGCAUGCACUGUCAUGUAGUAAAUUAAUGAUUAAUAUUGGUGUAGUCAGUUUCACGUUAAAUUUAUAAGAAAUAUGGAGUAAAUACUAGAAACAAAAUGGUAUAAGGUCUUGUAGUUUUGUGUAAACUAUAUGAGAUAAUUUGCUUGGAUUUUGUGUAUAAUGAUUGAUCAUUGUGUUUUGCACUUUCAUUAUCUUAGGCUUAAUGAUUAUUUGGUGGGAAGCAUUACAAAUAAAUGGGUAACACUUGGGGGAUCUUAAGGGACAGCAACUCACACUGUCGCGUUGUUAUAUUUUAAUUUCCUGUUAGUGACCUUUUGUCA